GCUGCUCUCUCCUGCGUAGCACUCUAUUUUUUCUCAAAACCCCAUUUUCAAAAACCCUCGCCUCUUUCACCAUAUCACGCACAAAUCAGUAACGACGACGGCAACAAUGGCUUGGCGUGGUUCACUUUCCAGAUCUCUCAUCUCCACCGCUAGGGCUUCCGCCUUCCGCUCAUCGACGCCGCUCUCCGCCCCGCCUCCCCUGCGUCCUCCUUCCGUCUCUUCUUCUCGCCUCAACCCCCGCCGUCUCUCCUUCUCCAAUCCCAGGACACUGGGGGAACUGGGAUGCAUUCAAUCAAUAAUGCCAUUGCACACAAUGGUGGCGGGAGCACGGCUGACUUCUCACUCGGCAGUCAAUGUGCGGGCAUUCUGUGAGCUGUCCCAUGGUACCUUCCGCCGUUCUUGUCAGGAUCGCUAGUAGUGUUUUUGUACUUGAAAAGAUAUGUUGGAUCAGCAGAGCUGCUGCGCAAAGAUUUGGGACUUGGUCAAUAGGUGUAUCUUGCAGGAGCUUCCCCCCGGGGGAAGAAGGGAAAAUAUCAAUAAAGAAUAUAUCAUGCAUUUCAUGUUUCUGUGGAUGACACUUUACUCUGUGAUAGUUACAACCAUAGUAUGAGACAUCUUGCUCAUAGCUGCAAUAGUUAUGUGGUGGUCAUGUUUGCGCUGCUCAUGUAAACUGAUUUGUAAUGCCUUUUCUACUUACAACUGACCAUUCUGAACACUACUGCUCUUCUCAUUGUCAUUGCUCAAAUUUGUGAAGUGUACAUUCAUGCACCAUACUCUAAGCAGAAGGAAUGUGCAUCCUUGCCUACUGGAGUUCCUUGAACGGCA